UCUCUCUCUCUCUCUAAAACCCCAUCGCUCUCCUCCUCCCUCCUCUCUCCUCCACUCUCCCAUGGAGACCCUCGCGCGCUCGAUCCUCUCCUCCACUCUCCUCGAAUCGUCUCCUACUCCUCGACAAUCCCCGAUCCCUCCCCCGCCCAAAGUUCCCGCCUUUCGACUCGGCUUCGCGCGAACCCGCGGGGGAUUCGAACCGCUACGGCGCGAGAGGAGGGCGCGGAGGGGCUUGGGGAGGUUUAGAGCCGUCGCUAAUGGAGUUUCCGGUGGAGGCGGAGAAGAGGACGCCAUGGAUAGCGGGCCCUCGGGGUUUAUCCCUGAUGUGGGUCUACAAUUUCUCGAGAGCGAUUUGAGUAACAAUGGAGUUGAUGAAGCAAGCAUAUCUUCAAAACCAGAGGCGGUCACAGCUUUUGGCGCCGGAAGCGGCUCAAGCGGAUCGAGAGCUGGGUUAUUUAGAACCCCGAUUUCGGGUGGUGUACAGAGCGCAACUUCUGCUCACGAUUUACCGCCGCCGGCUUUGGCUGUUCGCAAUCUCAUGGAGCAGGCACGGUUUGCUCAUUUGUGCACUGUUAUGUCUAAGAUGCAUCAUCGACGCAAGGGUUAUCCAUUUGGUUCGCUAGUGGACUUUGCGCCUGAUCCAAUGGGCCACCCGAUAUUUUCACUCUCGCCGUUAGCUAUUCACACAAGAAAUCUGUUGGCCAAUCCAAAAUGCACGCUCGUUGUACAGAUACCUGGAUGGAGUGGAUUAUCAAAUGCACGUGUAACAAUCUUUGGUGAUAUUUUCCCUCUUCCAGCAGAGCAACAGGAAUGGGCACGUCAGCAAUACAUGGCGAAACACCAGCAGUGGGCAUCUCAUCAGUGGGGAAACUUCUAUUAUUAUAGGAUGGAGACCAUCAGUGACGUAUACUUCAUCGGAGGGUUUGGUACUGUUGCAUGGCUAGAUGUGAAGGAAUACGAGUCCCUUCAACCUGACAAGAUUGCUGCUGUUGGUGGCGAACAAAAUCUCAAGGAACUCAAUGCGAUCUUCUCAAAGCCACUUAAAGAGUUCUUAUCUUCAGAAGCGGAAGUAGAUGAUGCAGCUUUCAUAUCCAUAGACAGCAAAGGCACCGAUAUCCGUGUUAGGCAGGGUGCACAGUUCAACAUUCAAAGGUUGUCCUUUGAAGUAGACCAUGGAGUGGAGACUCUGGAGGAAGCGAAAGCGGCACUUCAGAAGAUAGUUAGUAAGGGCUCCAGGUCAAAGUCACAUCCCAGAAGCUGAAACUUUUCUGUAAGCUACUACUUCGGUAAGUUAAUUAGGAAACGGUUAGUAUCGGUAAAGAAAACAAAGAUCAUGCAUCUAAUGUGCUGGCCUUGAGCAACCAUUUUUUUUUCCUUUUCUUUUUCUCCUUUUCUUUUCCUUUCCAAAGUAGUGUUUGGGACUUAACUAGGAUCUUAGUAAGCAUUUUAGGUACUGUUAGAGAGUUAGUGUUUGAUGAAUGUUUAAUUGCAAUAAAUUAAUAUGUUUGAAAUAAAAAGGUCCGCCCAGUUUAUCGUGAGGCUUUGCUCUCUCCAA